AGUUGCUAGAGAGUUGUUGUAUUUUUCCCGCGGACGAACUGAAGAGUCACGAUUGAUAACAUCACCUUGGCGUCGAUAUAAGCGUGUAAAUGCCACGCGGUGUCCUCUGAUAGGCCGCCGGAUCUAUCCGCAGAAGCUCCUGAGAACUUGAGAAGUUGAUCGCUUGACAUCACUCGACAUGCUCUCGCACAGUUUGCUCGUUAACACUGGGAAUAUACUCUCCCUGAGCGAGGCGAGGCUAAAAGCCAGUCAAAAUUCCACGGAUGAGUUGAUCGAGACCCUGAAGAUCGUUCUGAACGAUGAAAGAAGCAAGGGGAACGACACGACAAUUAUCAAUGGAAAGAGGGACACGAGUCUACAGGACGUGGAUAGAAAAGACUUGAAGGUCACGGUAAAAGUAUUUAUCUCGUCACCUGAUGUCGACUCGUUGAAGGAAGCGUUGGACCAAGCACUCGAAGCGCUAUGUACGGGCACCAUAGAGUCCUUAGUGAUAGCUUACAAAAGCGCCGAAGGUCCUGAAGAUAUAUUGUCAUCCCUGAAAAAGAUAUGGUCCGUGGUUGAAGAAUAUGUAAAAGCUGAUAAAUUGUCCAGCGUUGGAUUGAGCGACAUUAAUACAAACACUUUCAUCGAAUUGUUCCAAUGGGCUGACGUGAAACCAAACAUUGUACAGAUCAAUCUAGCCACGUGCUGCGUGGUGCCCCCCGUCCUGCAGGAAUUCACUAAAGAAAACGACAUUCAACUGUUGACGCACAGCGAUCCCAGUCAAAUUCUCCCUCAAGAUGUGUUGGAGAAAAUAUUUGGCUCUACCGCCUAUUUGCACUGGCUGAUAAGAUACCAAAUUCACCUCAAAUGCCGUGGAAUUUUAUCGUCGAAAGGAUACUUACUGCGCAUUAAUAAGUCAAAUGUUAAACCUUAACGUUAUAGUAGCACCUCUAAAGAUUAUUUCUAUUUGUUGCAAUACGAAUUAACGGAAUUAAUAUGCAAUAUGUUUUAUACUAAACAUAUUAACACGGAAAGCUUGAUACUUAAUUUUUGUGAUCAUGAGCAUUUUGGAUCCUUGUAUAUAAUUAUUAUACAUAAGCUUUUAUAGUACAACAUUGUGUUUUACUUAUCUAUUAGCUCUGAAUUUUUGUAUAAAUUUUUAUAGUAUGACGUAGACAUGCAUUUUUCUCUUAAUCGUUACAUUAGGUGAUUAACUAUUGUAAGCUAUUUGAGAAAUAAAUCAUUGCAUUUUCUUGAGAGAAA